AAUAGUCUUCGAACAGAAAUGGUGCUAUCAUCAACCGUAUUAGCACUUCUCCCAGUGAUAGCGCUUCUGGCGCUGUGGUGGAAAUUUCGUCGUUUCUAUCAAAUAUCUUCCGAACUGCCGGGGCCCAUCAAUUAUCCGCUGGUCGGUUGCGGUCAUCUGUUUUUCGGAAAAUCGAACGAGAAACGGUUUGCCAUCGUAAAUGAUUUGACCAGAACGUAUCCAUCGCCGUGCAGAUUUUGGCUCGGCCCUAAACUGUUUGUGUUCAUCGAUAAUGCUGAGGAUAUUCAAAUUGUUUUGAACUCGCCAAAUUGCUUAGAAAAGGCUGAACCUUAUAGAUUCAUUAGGAGUGUGAGAGGGCUGUUCACCUCGCCAGUGGAUUUAUGGAAAGUUCAUCGAAAACUGUUAUCACCAUGUUUCAAUAAUGCAGGUCUUUUGACAAGUUUUGUGUCAAUUUUAAACGAAAAAAGUAAAAUACUGGUGCAACGUCUCGAGAAAAGUAUUGGAGAAGAAUCAUAUGAUGUGUACAACGACAUAUCCAGAUGCACUCUGGAUAUGAUUUGUGCAACUUUUCUGGGAAGCGAUUUGAACUUACAAAGCAACAAAGGCACCAAAUUGAUUAAAGCUGUUGAACAUGGUAGUGAAUUGAUCAACAAUCGUUUUUAUAAUAUUUGGCUCCACCCGGAAUGGAUUUAUCGGAGAACAAAACACUUCAGAGAAGAACAGAAGUGUUUCGAACAGUUUUUUGCUCUGCAACGUGAAGUACUGGAACGUAGGAGAAAAGAACGAACUGAAAUUACGAAUGAUAGCCGCGACCAGAAAAAAUCUAACAUAUUUAUAGAUCAAGUUAUACAAAUCUCAGAAGAAACAGGAAUAUUCGACGAUACUGACGUGCGCGACGAAAUCUGUACCUUGAUCGUAGCAGGAAACGAAACCUCAGCACUGAAUCUUUCCACGAUUAUACUAAUGUUAGCGAUCCAUCAGGAGAUUCAAGAUGAGGUGCACAACGAAAUUGUGAACGUGUUGGAAGGCUGCGAUCCAACAAUCGAUCACCUUGCGAGACUAAAAUAUACAGAAAUGGCAAUAAAGGAAGCAAUGAGACUGUUUCCUGGUGGGCCUGUAUUCGGAAGAAAAUGCACUGCCCCGACUUGCAUAUCGAAAUCUGUCAUUCCAGAAGGGACCAACAUUAUUCUGGGGAUCUACAACGUGCACCGAAAUCCGAAGCACUGGGGAACCAACGUGGAUUCCUUUGACCCGGAUCGCUUCCUCCCAGAGAGGGUUGCGGCGCGGCACCCUUACGCGUUCCUUCCAUUCAGCGCUGGAUUACGCAACUGCGUGGGUCACAAGUACGCUAUCAUGGAUAUGAAGAUAAUACUAUGCUAUUUGUUGCGCUCGUACCGGUUCCGCUCGCCUCUGAAAAUGGACGAGUUGCAGCUCACAAUGAGUGUCACACUGAAGAUUACGAACAGACAAGUGGCGAUCGAACGAAGAGGCGAGUAGCGGUCAUAUGGGAAGAGAUACUACUUAGCAAUUAAACAUGAACCUAGCAUGUAAUUUGUGGGAAAUAAAUUAAGGGAUCGCGCUUGCGCUUGUUAGAGCACAGUUACUGGGAAAUAUAUGUAUUAAAAUGUUUGAUUAUAUGCCUGAUAUUGCUAAUAUAAAGUUC